AUGGUAAGCACGUUCAAAUCCAGGCCCCACCAAAGAGCGGCAAAGACGUUCUCCAUCGUUUUGAUGGCGGUGGUUGAUGCCAACUACAAAUUUUCUAUGGUUGACGUUGGCGCGUCAGGAAGGCACAGUGGCGGAGGCAUCUUCAAGGCUUGCGAGUUUGGACGGCAACUGGUGAAUGGGACGCUAGACAUUCCGGGUCUUGCUAAGCUCCCCAACAGCAACAGGGUCGCACCGCAUGUAUUCGUGGGCGAUGAAGCAUUUCAGCUUCGCCCGGACUUCAUGCGCCCCUUUCCUGGCAAGGCCCUGGGACCAAGCCAGGCAGUCUUUAACUACAGGCUAAGCAGGGCCAGGCGCAUCGUUGAAAAUGCAUUUGGGAUCCUUGCUGCAAGAUGGAGGAUCCUUCUUUGCCGUAUGAACUUGCUACCACAAAAUGCAGAAGUUGUUGUCCUCGCGUGCUGUGUGCUCCAUAACUUUCUCUGUGCCGCGCAAGACAUUGCCUACAUUCCACCAGGCUAUACAGAUUAUGAUGACAGUCACGGAAACAUUUUACCCGGCACAUGGAGAACCGAAACCCAAACCAGUGAUCUCCUCAACCUGGAAACAACAUCAAAUCAGUAUGAGUUUGGCUAUAUUUUGGCAAACGUGUGUGUGCUGGUGGUGGUUGUGAAGAUGAAAAACUGCUCGUCGAAGUUGGCCACGCUGGAAGUGGGCAGCGUCACGACUAAGUCCGGGAGAGAUUUAACUGGCGCGGUCGACAGGAUCCCGACAGGAUCACCCAGCGUCACGCUCCUGGCAGGACAGAGUGUUCCGGCCAUCCUACGUCACUACUCGGACCACUCCGAAGGAGCGGCAGCUCGGCGGAUCGGACUCCUGGCCUACCGAGCUAAGGCAACGGCAACCACCGUGGGCUGCGUGGCAUCGGCUGCUGCAGCAGAAUUCUUGCAGUGGAGGACAGGUGGCGAGUCCAGGGACGGGUGA